GCCGGCCUCCAUCUCUCGUCGUCCAGCCGUCCAGGUCUGUUGAUGUCUGUGGCUGCCUGCCCUCCGUCGGAGCAGGCAGCGCGCGUCCCCCGCAGCCAUGGGCCAUUGCUGCUCCAAGGGCGCCGGGCAGGCCGCCGCCGCCGACACGGACCCAUCGGCGCCGCCGAAGGCUGAGGCGCCGAGCCAUGGCACGUCCGCGAACAAUGGCCAGCGGCCGUCGUCUUCGGCGCCCACCAAGCCGGCCUCGCCCGCCGCCAAGGGCACCAAGCCGGCGGCUCCCCUGGGCACGGUGCUCGGGCGGCCCAUGGAGGACGUGCGCGCGACGUACUCGGUGGGAAAGGAGCUCGGGCGCGGGCAGUUCGGCGUGACGCACCUGUGCACGCACAAGGCGACGGGCGAGAAGCUGGCGUGCAAGACGAUCGCGAAGCGGAAGCUGGCGAGCAAGGAUGACGUGGAGGACGUGCAGCGCGAGGUGCAGAUCAUGCACCACCUCUCCGGCCACCACAACAUCGUGGACCUCAGGGGCGCCUACGAGGACAAGCACAACGUGCACCUCGUCAUGGAGCUCUGCGCCGGCGGCGAGCUCUUCGACCGCAUCAUCGCCAAGGGGCAGUACACGGAGCGCGCCGCGGCGUCUCUGCUGCGCACCAUCGUGGAGAUCGUGCACACCUGCCACUCCAUGGGGGUGAUGCACCGGGACAUCAAGCCGGAGAACUUCCUGCUGCUCAGCAAGGCCGAGGACGCGCCGCUCAAGGCCACCGACUUCGGGCUCUCCGUCUUCUUCAAGGAAGGCGAGGUGUUCAGGGACAUCGUCGGCAGCGCGUACUACAUCGCGCCGGAGGUGCUCAAGAGGAAGUACGGGCCCGAGGCUGACAUCUGGAGCGUCGGCGUCAUGCUCUACAUCUUCCUCGCCGGGGUGCCUCCCUUCUGGGCAGAGAAUGAGAAUGGCAUCUUCACCGCCAUCCUGCGUGGGCAGAUUGACCUCGCGAGCGAUCCAUGGCCCAACAUUUCAUCAGGAGCCAAGGAUCUUGUCAGGAAGAUGCUGAACAUCAACCCCAAGGAGCGGCUUACGGCGUUCCAGGUCCUCAAUCACCCGUGGAUCAAAGAAGAUGGAGAUGCACCUGAUACACCACUUGACAAUGUUGUUCUCAACAGGCUCAAGCAGUUCAGGGCCAUGAACCAGUUCAAGAAAGCGGCACUAAGGAUCAUAGCCGGGUGCCUAUCCGAAGAGGAGAUCACCGGGCUGAAGGAGAUGUUCAAGAGCAUCGACAAAGAUAACAGCGGGACCAUUACGCUUGAAGAGCUCAAGAACGGGUUGGCAAAGCAGGGAACCAAACUGUCGGACGCUGAAAUUCAGCAACUGAUGGAAGCAGCUGAUGCUGAUGGCAAUGGGUUGAUUGACUAUGAUGAGUUUGUCACCGCAACAGUGCAUAUGAACAAACUGGAUAGAGAGGAGCACCUUUACACAGCAUUCCAGUAUUUCGACAAGGAUAACAGUGGGUACAUUACAAAAGAAGAGCUUGAGCAAGCCUUGAAGGACCAAGGAUUGUAUGACGCCAAGGAAAUCAAGGAGAUCAUCUCAGAAGCCGAUUCUGACAAUGAUGGGAGGAUAGAUUAUUCAGAGUUUGUGGCAAUGAUGAGGAAAGGAACAGCUGGUGCUGAGCCAACGAACCACAAGAAGAGGCGAGACCUAGUCCUAUAGUGAAGCAGCAAGUGUGUAAUGUGUUACAUGUGUAUAGCAGCAAGUGAAGCAGCAAAUCUGCAGAAAUGUACACAAUGCAAUGGAGUUACUUCUGCAAUUUAGUUCAUGGAUGGUGGUGUCCGUUGUGCUGCCGAAUGCGGGGGAUUUGAAUGCAAUACAUACUUAAGACAGUUUGGUACUUGAGAUAAUCACUGAUGGAAAGAAUGGUCGAUAUGCUGACAAGGAAGAGAUUCUAGUUUAAUUAUUCCAUGAUA